CACAAUGGGGCCAGUGGUUCUCAAGCAGCUGCCAUUUUAUUGCAAUAUAAAAGACAAAUACAGGUUCUACAAAUGAACGAGAACAGAUUUCAAGCGCCACCAGUAGGAUAGUCCUUAUUAUGGUCUGACAUUGUGGUUAUUUAAUUACAGCAAUAUUAUAAAAGCCUAUCUUGUCAAAGCUGCUCCCGUCUCAGGUACAUUUCUGGAUUAAAGGAUUUUCAUUUACAUCACAUAUUGCAGCAUAAUGCCUAUACAGAUACUUAUGUAGGACAAAAAUAACAAAAUAUAGGGUAAAAUUAAAUAUGUUUUUCUAAAGCCUGUACUAACUUUUUUUACUUUUGGCAUAAACUGCAAUGUAAAGGCUCAGGGAUACACCAGAGUUUGUAUCAAAAUCAUUCACAAUUAUAUGGCCCAAUUGUACUAAAUAAUUGACAGGUAAAAUCACAUAAAAGGAAUGCUAGUGAGAAUAAACCUAAACCACAGGGAUGAGCAGGGAGGGGGGACACAGGAUGCGCCACAGGACAGGAUGGGGAUGUGGGCACCCACAGUUUCUAACACCCAGUGCUGAAUGUGAAGCAGCCCAUUUAAGAGUAAGGCUGAAAUGUAUCUCUCUAUUGGUCAUUGUAACUUCCAAUAAAUAAAAAAUAGCCAGAAGAUAAAUGACAACAACAUUAACAACCUAAAAGCUGGACAUGUUAUUGGGGUGCGCACUGACGCCUAGUUUUGUUUUUUUGUCAGUUUCAUUUUUCUCAUUCACACUAUUCAUAGCCAUUUCCUGUGGCCCCUCAUUGUCUCCCCCCCACCCAGUCAGUGGAAGAGACCGGUCAGUGUCAAAUGACUGUACCCAGAGAGGCAGAGGAAGAUGUCGGUCAGUGUCAGUGAGAAGCUGCUGCUCUGCCUUCUCUCUCCUGCCCUCCUCACUGUUACAGCGCAAGUUGGCCCAAUCCGGGUGUAUGGGCUAAUAACCCAGUCUGUCAGUCUGGCACCCACUGAGCACUUGGCACAGCCAGUAGAAGAGGUAUUAUGGCAUUAUAUAAGCAAUGGAACAAGAUACAGACUGGCAGAUUACAGGAACCAGCGGCUGAGUAUCCGGCACAGUCAGUUCUCCCAGCGACUGGAUGCUGAUAACAGCGGCACAAGGUUAUGGAUCAGGGAACUGAGGAGUGAGGAUACCGGGAGUUAUACAGAAUCCAUUACACUGCAAGGCACAGCACAAACAGUAGAUCAUUUAAUCUCAUUUACUCUCACUGUGUAUGAGCCAGUUCCCACCCCAGAUAUAAAGAUGGAGAUGGAGCAGAUUAGCUCUGACUGGUGCAAUUUCACCCUUCAUUGUUCUGCCCCAACAAACCCAUCAGCGCUGUCCUACAGUUGGAUGUACAGACACAAAGGCCGGUACCAGCCCUAUCCCAAUGGUACCACAAUCCGUGUGUCACUGCAGCCUGAAUCCUGGGGUGGGGAGUAUCUGUGCUUGGUACGGAACCCGGUUGGUCAGAAAAAUGUCUCUGUUACCGCUCAGGAAAUCUGCCAUGGUACCUUGACUACAAAAGUGAUAAAUGGUGGGUACAAUUUAAAACAAACUACAGUGAUGUUGGCUUCAAAUUUACAGACACUUGAUUAA